CCGGUAUUAAAGAUGUCUGCGUCCAUAAAACAAAAAUUUUUACAAUUCACAUUUUGCGUGAAAUAAAACAUAUAAUGAUAUAUGGACUGACAUUGACACAAACAUUUUGAGUAGCUCAGCAGAUUGGUAUUUUUUUCACGAAUAAUUUCUUAAUAUUUAUUCCAGUCUCACUGCAACAAUGUCAGAUGAAGAUGAUGUUGAGCUUAUUGUGCCCAAGAAGUCUAAGAUCCUCCACUACGGCAGCUUGGAAGAUAAGGAACGUGCACGACUGGCAAAUGGAGGAACAUCCGGAUCUCUAGCGGCUGAUGUCGUUCAAGCAGGCAUCGAGUCUGGAAACAUCAAUAUCACUUCAAGUGGCCAUUUUGAUAUAGAAGAGAGUGAGGCCGAGUCACAAGCCGAGAUUCUUGCUAAGUUCGAGAAGAGGAAAAAGGCACGUCAGAUUCAAGUUUCAACUGAUGAUACAGAAGUUAAGGCGACACUUAGACAGCUUGGAGAACCUAUAUGUUUGUUUGGGGAAGGACCAGCUGAAAGACGAGAGAGAUUGCGUAAACUGCUGUCUCAGAUCGGAGAGGAUGCCAUCAAGCAGAAGAAAGAAGAAAAAGAAGCUGCUCGCAGGAAGAGAGAUGAGGAAAACAUCACGUGGUACCAUGAGGGUUCAAACAGUCUCAAACAGGCCAGGUACUGGCUGGCGUCGUAUUCCAUUCCCAGAGCGAAAGAACGAGUGCAAAAACAAAUAGUAGCGAAGAAUAUUCCAGCAGCUCAGAGAAAUGCUACAACACAAGAUCUGCAUAAAAGAAUCCGGUCAGUGACGAAUGAGUGCAGUCAGAUCGGAGACAGUCGUCCACUGUCGUUCUGUCAGUUCAGUCCUGACUCCAACAUGCUGGCCGUCGCCUCCUGGUCGGGGCUUUGCAAGUUGUGGUCCAUUCCAGACUGUAAGCACAUUCGUGAUCUCAGAGGUCACAACUGUAAUGUUGGAGCUAUAGUGUUUCAUCCCCAAGCAACCUUGACCUUAGAAAACACAACUUGCUGUAUGGCAUCCUGUGGCCAAGAUGGGUCUGUUAAGUUGUGGAACCUGGUCAAUGACGAGCCCAUAGCUGAUAUAGAAGGCCACGCCCCUUACCGAGUGUCCAGACUGGCAUUCCACCCGUCGGGUAGAUUUCUUGGUACCUGUGUCUUUGACAACUCAUGGAGACUGUGGGACCUAGAAGUUCAAGAGGAGAUUUUACACCAGGAAGGCCACAGCAAGGCAGUGUAUGAUAUUGCCUUCCAGGACGACGGCGCACUCGUGGUUACUGGUGGUCUUGAUGCGUAUGGGCGAGUGUGGGAUCUCAGAUCUGGACGAUGUGUUAUGUUUCUUGAAGGUCAUCUUAAAGCCAUACUGUCGGUGAAUUUCAACUCUGAUGGAUAUCACGUGGCCUCCGGAAGUGAGGAUAACUCUUCCAAGAUUUGGGAUUUAAGACAAAGAAAAUGUGUCUACACAAUUCCAUGUCACACCAACCUUGUUUCUACGGUCAGAUUUCAGCCUCAUCAUGGUAACUAUCUCGUCACGGCCUCUUACGAUGGCACUGCAAAGAUUUGGGCUCACCCUAAUUGGGCCCCAUUGAAGACCAUGGCUGGACAUGAAGGGAAAGUGAUGGGAAUGGACAUAUCGCCAAACUUGAAGUACAUGUGUACUUGUUCAUAUGACAGAACAUUUAAGCUCUGGCUUUCAGAAACACCUGGAGGCCUAUAGUUCUCAUUGUAAAUCCCAUUGUGGUUUAAGACAUUUCAUCUACAUUCAGAUCAUGAAAAAAUUUAUAUACUUUCCAAGUUGUGUGUAAAGUUGUAGUCAUGGGUAUUAUAUAAGUAUGGAAUGCAGAAAGGAAAGGAAUGUAUGUUUAAUGAUACAUUACUUAUGUUGGUGUUUAUAGAGAAUAGAAGGUUAAUGAUGUAUUAUCAGGUUAAUUAAAGGUAAGUCUUUGAGACUUGCCAAGAGGAAUUUCCCCAUGAUUCCGAACAAGAUAUAAAUCCGAUUACCUACAUCAUUAAAUUGUUAAUUUCUUUUUUUUCUAUAACUUAAUAAGUAUGGGAAAUCAUCUUUAGUCUUUAAGCAAAACAACUGGGCCCCGUUCCACAAAGCGAUCUUAGUGCUAAGAUCACCGUAAGUGCAUAUGUUAGCUGUGCAGUUAUGGUGAUCUUACAGCUAAGAUCGCUUCGUGGAAUGGGGCCCUGGUAUGUAUUUCUGUCCCAGAGUUCACCAGGUUUGUAAUAAAUCCUUUGUCUCUAGCAACCACUCUACCAACAUUGACCAUCACUUAUAUGUAGACCAAUAUUUCAUUUACACAUAUGACACCUCUUCAUAAAAUCCCAUAGCUGCCUCAUUCUCCCCAGAAAGAGACAGAGUACCAGGACAGAAUUGAAUUUAUAACUAUUUCUCAAACUGUUACAUGUACUUUGAUCAGCGGCUAGUGGACUGCUGGAGUAGCGUUUCUCUAUCAAUGAAGAUGCUAACACCAUAAAGUUGCAGAGACCUAUUUCCAUUAAAAAAAAAAUAUAAGAGAAAAGUAUAUAUGCUGCUGGGUGCAGACUUAUUUUAUUAUUAUUUAUUUAUUUGUGGCUGUUUUAGAGAGUAUCAUAACUGUUACUACCUGGACGUAGGCUCCCAGGUGUAACCAUCCCAACCCACAAUAUCGUUUAACGGCCUUCAAAACGACCUUUGCAUAGUAUACAUCCCAUUUGUAAAGAAAACCCCCAGCUGAUUGUGUAAUUGGUAUAUGAUGCAAGACUUGGUUUUUGUUUACAUAGGCUACACCUUUAACCCUUGUAAGCUCGUUUGGUUUAGUAAUAAAUACAGGCAUUAUAUAAAUAAUGUGUCAAGUAUAACCAAAUUUCUGUUUAACAUCCAAUAGCCGACGAUUAAGAAAUCAGUUUUUUCCCCGUGGUGUAACACAACACAAACAUAUUUACUAUUAACUCAAAACGUGUUGGCAAAUUGCUCUUCUUUUUGUUUUUCUACUUUAAAAAAUAAACAAACAAGAACAAGUGCUAUGAAA